CGUCUUGCGAAUUGUCUGGCAAAGCCUUCCUUCACCAGAUACCAAAACAGUAGACUAUUAUUACCUUACCGCACCUAUGCUACCUCUAGAGAAGAAAGUCUAAAGGCUAAAGCUGCCGUUGGCCCCUUUACAUUUAAAGCAGCUGCCUUAUUCUUGGGUGUAGGUUCAGGUUUACUCUUAUACUUUAAAAGUGAAAAAUCAAAGGUAGAAAAGCUCCGUGAACAGAAAGAAGCAGAGAGAAAGAAACCAGAAUCGUUUGGAAAACCCAAGCUAGGAGGCGAAUAUACCUUGACGAAUGCAGAAACCAUGAAACCCUUUGGAUCGGACGAUUUAAAGGGUAAAUUCAGUUUGAUUUAUUUUGGAUUUACACAUUGUCCUGAUAUCUGUCCUGAUGAGCUGGAUAAAAUGGCACAAGUAGUUGACAUGGCUAAAAAGGAAUAUGGACAAGAUGUCUUGGUUCCUGUGUUUAUCACUUGUGACCCCAGACGAGAUACAGCCGAAAUAGUGAGAGAGUACGUCAAGGACUUUCAUCCAAAUCUGAUUGGUUUGACAGGCACAGAUGAAGAAAUUAGAAAAGUAGCUAAACUAUUUCGAGUGUACGUGUCAUCUCCUCCUGAUAUUAGUGAGGGAGAUGAUUACUUGGUGGACCAUUCCAUCUUCUUUUACCUAAUGGAUCCUCAAGGCAAAUUUCUCGAUUGCUACGGACAGAAUGCUGAAGCAGAUGAAGUUGCCAAAAGCUUCAAAGGCUAUUAUGAAGAGUAUAAAAAGACACAUUAA